AUGUCGGCCCACCAGCAGACGGAGAGCAACAUCCGGACAGCACCUGCAACCGUCGGCGCAGCUGUCAACCCUUCUCCUUCGACUGCCACAACAUCAUCAGCCAGCACACCGACACCGACACCGACACUGACAUCGACGUAUUCCUCAAACGCAUCCAGGCAGAACGCGCUACCAAGCUACUCGGAAGCCAACGUCAAUCACUCCUCAUCAGCCUCAGUAGCCGGCCCAUCCUCUGAAGCGCUUCCGUCGUCUGGCAUUACACCAGGCUCUGAUAGCUUCUUCGAUAUUGCGCCACGAAACGACUCGACUUCCUUCCAGGUCGGAUAUCUCGGUCUCAAAGGCUUCCAGGCAUGGCUCAAAGGCGACGUCCUCGUCAAACUGGAUACAGAAACAAAAAGCAAGGGCAGGUAUACACGCUGUCUUGUACAGCUUCAAGCAAAGGAGCAGGUUGCACGCUCCCAAUCCGCCAUCUUUGCUAGCUCAGCAGCAACUCGCUCGCCUCAAUACGAUGUCGUCGAGCUCUUCUCCCACACACUAGUGCUGUGGGAUGCUGACAAGCAGCCAACGUUAUCUAGCCUCAGCCUUCCGACAGCGCCGUCCACUAUGCCCUUCUCUUUCCCUCUCACUCAAGAUCUUCCGCACUGCGUCCAUCUCCGCGACAGCUCACUCACCUACACCAUCACCGCUCAGCUCUUCAGCGAGGAUGCGGGCAAGCUGCCACAUGCUACCAAGACGGUCCCUGUGCACCUCGUCCGUUACACUCGACCUGGCCCGCUGAACGAGGUCGAGCUCGCCGACAUCGAUGGAGCCGCCUUACCCAACCAAGAGUACACACUGCAGCCACACAGCUGGAUCCAACAGGCACCUACUUUGGUCUAUGCCCAGAUCAACCGCACCAUAUUCCGACGCGCUGAACCCAUCGACAUUCGCGUACGCAUCCCUCCACCAGAUCCGACAAGCGUCUCUGAAAAGGGUCUCAAGCUGCGUGCAGUCGAAGCAGAUCUCGUCCGCAUCAUUCACGUCAAGCGACCGGAUGGCGCCGGCAAUCAUGCUCAAGGAGGUCAAACGCUGGGUGAGCCGAGUGUCAGUCACCCUGACCUUCGUGAAGCGCUUCUAGCACACAGCGGCAAGCUCUGUCGCUUCCACUCGCAGCGUCCCGUUCUCCUCCGACUCACGCUUCAUCCACCCUUUGAUCGAGCCAACAUGCCACACCCUCAUCCUGACCACGAUGCACUCGCUCCCGGUCCUGUUUUUGGCCGAGGCGGAGGCGGGGGCUGCGAGAGCAUUAGCCAAGAGACACUCAUGCACAAAGUCAGCUUCGAGGUGCGUAUAAAGAUCGCCAUCCAACGCGGUCGCAGCGAGCGCAGAGACAUUACCUUGAAGCGUCUCGUCAAAAUCCUUCCUGGUGCAGCGGGCGCACUCGAAAAUCUGCAUCAAGAAGAAACGCCAGCCUCGAGCACGCUAUCAGAGAAGGAAAGGCUCAAGAGAUCAGAGAAGGCACCCAUGCUCGCUGAGGACGAACAGGUAGCGGCUUCCGGCUCGCAAAACGCCGGCUCUAAUGUCGAUCACCUGCUCGACUUUGGCAUGGACGACGAAUAUGACGGUUACGAAGAUAUAGGACGCAGUUUGAAUGACUUGAUCGAUGCAGCCAAUGGAUCUGAUGCUGCUGCAAGUAGCUCAGAGAUCACCGAUCAUGCCGAAAGAUUGGAGCAGCUGCGACAAUUUCUAGAAGUCUCGGAUCCUUCUGCCCAUAAUGAUGGUCCUCCGCCCUCACUGCUCGAGAGCCAGAAUGACCUGCAGGUGGAAGUGGAAGUUGAAGGUGUAGGACUCGCCAUGCCUCGCCAAGCACUUCGGCAUUCUGCGGACCCCUACCCGAACAUAGACGGAAUUGACGAUGGCUCGUUUCCACCUCCACCUCCUAUCGAUGAUGGCCAUUCGGACUCACGCGGGGGAACUUCCUCAUACGCUUUGCUUCCGACCUCUUCAAACCGCGCCCUACAUCUGCCCACUGAACAUAACUAUGAUCCCCCGCCACCGCUAUCUCCGCUUGUUGAUCGCUCAUCUUCCAGAACUGGUCAGAUGCGAGAACACAGCAGGGAUCCCUCAGCACAGGCUUUGCACAUGCCUGGUGGCUUCACGGAACUCCAUGUCGGAAGUCCAGCGGAGCUCGAUGAGGACGACGACGACUUUCCACUUCCUCCGCCUCACAGUUCUUCGCAGAGCUAUCCCGCCAACCUCAAUGUGACCACACCUCCCUCAGCAUCGAUUACAACAAUGCAGCACGGACAUGACCAAGAUGAAUCGCAUCCAUCUUACGAGGCUGCUGUCUCGGGAGAUGCAGCUCACCGCGGCGCAGCGUCAGGCAGGCAUGAGCCGCCACCGUAUGCAGAUGGAUCAGCAGUGCCUUCAUUCGAUCAAGCUAUGCGACGCACGAGCGCAGGUGCCAGUGGCGCAGUCAGCGUGCCUCCAAGCUCCAUACAAGCAAGAGGAGCGCUUUGCGAUCCGCCCCUACCUCUCACUCUGGCGGCUCACGAACAUUCGGCUAUACAGAGGGCUGAUCAUCGGCCGCCUGCAUACGGCACUUCACCCCACCCGCCGUCUUAUGAUGCCUAG